AUGAAUCGUAAUAAUCAAAAACUUUUAGACCUUCUUCGAGAGAAUCAAAAUGAUCAUCAGAAGCUUCAACAACUAUUGAAUGAUGGAAUCUCGAUUGAUAAGGAAACAAAAAAAGUAUCGAAAAAAAGUCUAGAUAUUACUGACAAUAUCAUAAAAGAACCAGAUUGGAAUUAUAAAAAAUUCAGCCAUCUUGUUGUGCCCCGAACUAAUGUUGUGUCGAUGGUAUUGGGACCUACAAGUGUUUAUAAUGAUAAAAUGAUCAUGGAAAAUCAAAAUAUCACUAGCAAUCACGUACAGAAUGAUAUUACUGGAUAUGGUGAGGUUGAUUAUUUGGAUAAUUCCAAUGAUGAUUGUACAUUUAGUCCAAAUAGCAGAAGCUUCUCUUUAUCCCAUGAAAUUAUUGAUAAUACCCAAGAACCAUCGGAUCCAUUAAACCAGAGAAAUAUGCCACUUUCAAAUAUUAAACAGAAAUUAACACCUGAACAAAUAUCAGAACUAGAAGGGUUUAGAGACAAAUACGGCUAUCAUUCUUUCAAACUUUUCUACUUCAAGCCCUUGAAACUUCAAAGCAAUCCGAAGAGUUUUUCUAUCAUCAGGACCAGUGUGUCAUUAUUUUUUAAAUAUAUGUAUUCGUCAUCGUUUCUUUUCAUCCACAGAGAAACAUUCCUUUAUUUCUUUCUUAAUAACGAAGAAAAUUGCGAUUUUGUUUCACUGGAAUUGAUAUACGCCAUAAGCGCUCUUGGGGCUAAAAUAUCUACGGAGGAAAAUAUUCGGAUGAAAGCAGACGAAUUUUAUAGCAUUUCGAAAACUAAAGUGCUUGAAAUCGCCAAUGGAGAACAUUUCAUAACCGAAAGCUCGAUCACCAAGCUUCAAACUCUUUUGUGUUUAGCAUUUUAUGACCUAGGAAGAGGAGAGCUCACCAGUAGCUGGCUUCUUUCUGGGCUUGCCUUCAGAGUUGGGUUUGAUUUUGGAUUUGAAUUAGAUCCCAAAGAUUGGAAUGUGUCUUUUAAUAAGGCCCCUAAAGCUAGGUCCACAAGCACUAGUGCUACUUAUUCAUUAUCUGGUCCCUCGUCCUCUACAUCCUCAAAUGUUUCUGUUAAUCAAGCAAGAGAGAAUCUUUACCAAAGUUAUCCGUUUGAUAUUUGUCAAGUUCGACUGAGAAUUUAUUGGGGAUCCUAUGUAGCAGAUAGAUUCAUUUGUCUAGUUACAGGCCGUUCGUCUACGUUAAAAUUAGGAGAUGUUACGAUUCCAAACACUCAAGAUAUCGGAGAUCUUACAGGAAUUGAGGAUUUCAUUUAUUAUGAUGUUACAUCCUCAAAACAGUAUGCCUGCCGUGCUUUCCACUGCUUGAAAGCAGUAGUAGAGCUCUUGAAUUUGUCAGAAGAUAUCUCAAUGAAAGUCUUUGGUCCAAGUAUUGCGCCAGGGACAAAUAGAUUUGACUUAACAACCGAAUUCAAUUUGAAAUUACUUCAAUGGAAACAGAAUCUUGGAACAGAACUAUUUUGGAAUAAAAGUAUUUUGAAAAGAACAGCCCAUAAUGAACUUUAUAUGGGGCCUAGAUAUACUUUUUUUAUAAUUAUUCUAAGUAUCAACCGACCUUUUGUGUCGAUGAUUGCCUUAACUGCGUCAAAAAACCCUACAUUUGUGAACUCUACCCCUGUGAAAAUAUGUGACGAUAUCAUUGACGAUAUGGAGAUUGUAAUCAAGGCUUUGAAAGUUCACGAAACUACCUACAAAGUGUUCAAACCCCACAUUUUAGCAGUAUACUCUACUAUUUUAACUAUCAGUAUAUUGUUGUGGAAAUUCAAAAUUGCAAAAGAUGUGUCACAGAAAAAUGCUAUUAUUGAGAAAGUUGAGUUAUUCUUUGACUUCCUACAAAAAUGCAGCUCAAUCUGGACCCUAGCGGUGAAUCCGGUAUCAGUAUUCCAUAAGAAGAUUGAAACAUUAUAUUUUGAUGGAAUGAACGAUCUUAACUUUUUUAAUGAAGUUCAGCCCCCAAAACUCAAUUCUAUUUUGAGUGAGAGGAUAACUGAGAACAAAAACAACGAAACUUUCACUAGCAUCAAAGAUCCUAACGGGGAAUAUGAAAAUGAUAGUAACUUAAAUAACAGCUAUAUACACACCUCAAAAAAUAUUUAUAAGCAACAAACGAUAGCGGAAAGAGAAUUAAAUUUGAAGGACAAUAAAUCUUAUGGCCUCGAAGAAGUACUGUGCAUAGAUGAUUUGUUUCAAUCCUUCUUGGCAGAACCAUCCAGCCAACAGUUUCUCACUAGACUCGAUCUAGCAGAUGCAAUGUGGGACGAAACACUAUUUUCCAAAGGUUUUAAUUGGUGA